GGUGUCAUUUCCGUAGCUCUCUCUCCCGCCAAAAGACCGUCGUCCGUUCCCGUCUAUAAAAUCCCACGCCCCAUCCCGAUCGCGGGCAAGCCUGUCCGUUCCCUCAAAAGGAGAAGAACAUUAAAAAUGGCGUCUUCCUCCAAAACCCUAGUCGAAAUCUUCCAGCCCGCGAAGCGCCUCAAAUCCCUCACCAUUCCCCCGGAAACCCUAACGCCCAAAUCCUCCAUGUCUGCCCUCUGCAAGCCCUCUCCCACCGACGGCGCCACCAGCGGCAGCGACCUCCUCCCACCGUCGACCCUCACCCCAGACCAGAAGAAAAGGAUCGAGAUCAACAAAGCCCUAGCGAGGUCGAAGAGGAAUCUCCGGCUCUGCACAGAAAAAAUCGAGCGAGCCAAAGCUGUGGGGAUGGACUAUGUGAAGCUGGAGGAGAUUUUGGUGGAGGAGACGUGGUUGGAGGCGCUUCCGGGAGAGCUUCAGAAGCCCUAUGCCAAGAAUCUGUGCAGGUUUGUGGAGAGGGAGGUUCGUGGGAGCGUGCCGAUAUAUCCUCCUCCGUGUCUUAUAUUCAAUGCCCUCCACUCGACGCCCUUUGAUCGAGCGAAGGCGGUGAUCCUCGGACAGGACCCGUACCAUGGACCUGAUCAAACUAUGGGUCUUGCCUUCUCAGUGCCAGAGGGUAUUAAGAUGCCUUCUAGCUUAGUCAAUAUAUUCAAGGAGCUUCAAAAGGAUGUUGGUUGUUCUGUGCCAUUACAUGGAAAUCUGGAAAGAUGGGCUGUGCAGGGUGUUCUUCUGCUAAACACUGUCCUCACUGUUUCAUCUUUUUCCCUCUCUCUUAUCGGUAAGGAACCAUCAAGCUAAUUCACAUGCUAAGAAAGGGUGGGAGCCAUUUACUGAUGCUGUGAUUCAAACAAUGUCAUGGAAGAAAUCUGGAGUUGUUUUUCUUCUCUGGGGGAAUUCUGCUCAAGAAAAGUCGAGUCACAUUUAUGCCCGUGCUAUGUACAGAUUGAUUGAUGAGUCAAAACAUCCACAUUCUAAGAGCUGCUCAUCCAUCAGGCCUAUCUGCUAACAGAGGUUUCUUCGGAUGCAGGCAUUUUUCUCGGACAAAUCAGAUAUUGGAGAGAUUGGGCCUUUCUCCCAUAGAUUGGCAACUCUAAGCUAGAAAAGCUCCUCCAUGUGCUUGUUGACUGAUUAUUACUGUCUUAUCAGCCAUGAACCUCCUAGUCUCCAAGGGUGAGGUUAACUUGUUUGGCCAAAUUCUGGACUAACUUGACAGUAUUUGAUAGAUAUAUUGUUACCAUAUAAUAUUAUAGCCUAAAUUAAUAUGGCUGGUCAUAGCUACCAGCAAUUUUCUGACCUUAACUGACCUUGGUUUUGACGAAUCUGCAGUACCUAUGUAUAUCUUUCUAGUUGGUUAAAAUUUGAAAUUUUCUGGGACUUGACAGUUUGCAUACAAGCUUUUCUCUUUGGUGGGUAGAAGAAAGCCAAACUUUCAAACGUAGCAGCUAACUCUAAUUGCCCCCAAACAAAUAGAUUUGGUAGAGUCAAAUAUCUAUAUGUGAUAACACAGAAAGUCACAAAGCAAUGAAGACCAAAUUAUUUCAACAUUAAAUGAAUUAAUGAGCAUAUCAAGGAAAGAAGAUAGGAGAAGCAAGUGGAAAUAGAAUGGACAAAAUGGGUACCUUGUGCUUGGGGAAGGGGAUCGAACUGGGACUGGUCAAAAGGUGGGGCACUCCAAGAGUCCUGUUCCUCCUUUCAGGGGAUCCCAAGCUCCCCUUUGUUGAGAAGACCAUCUCUCGCUGACAAAUUUUCUCUAGCUUAAUAUUUGUUGGUUUGAAGGGCAUGGAAAUAUUGGACAAGGGGAGGAGUGGAGGAAUCGAGUUGGAGAGUUUGAGAGCAGGAUAUGUGGCUCCUCUGCUGUUUAUUUAGGAGUAACAAGGGGAAAGAGCCAAAAGAUAAAAAAAAGAAUGACCGUUGGCAUUGGAAAAUUGCAAGUUGUUCAAUUUUUCCCUGGCUAACAAGAGGCUACAAUAAGUAUCAAAAAAAAAAAAAAAAAA